GUAUUUGACUGUUAGCCAUUUGGACCCGGCGCAUAUCAGGUGUCUUUCUCUCUCACACACAAGCACGCACCCGCGCGAGCUCGCCGGAGAAGCCGCAGUUCUACAUCUUUCAGUCAUCUUGUCGGGGGAGAUUAUUUACGGCAGGCUCUCUUUGGUUUUUGUGUAUUGAACAAGACGAUGAAUACCGGGGGGGCAAGUUUGUUUAGAAGAUUAAGCAUUAGGGAUCUGAUUGCGGACACACCUGUUUAUACCUCUGCUACUGAUGCAUUUGGACAAGGAUUGAGCUUGGUGUUCAGGCGAUGGGCUACCAAAAAAACGGCAGGAUCCACUAAAAAUGGUCGUGACUCGUUGCCGAAGAAUCUCGGGGUUAAGAAAUUUGGUGGUGAGCGAGUGAUUCCAGGGAACAUCAUUGUUCGUCAAAGGGGCACUCGUUUCCAUCCUGGAGACUACGUUGGAAUCGGGAAAGAUCACACUCUAUAUGCCUUGAAGGAAGGGCAAGUCAAGUUUGAGCGCAGCAAGUUGACUGGGCGCAAAUGGGUUCACAUUGAGCCUAAAGAAGGCUACGACAUUCAUCCUGUCUACGCAAAAGCAGGAGACGCUUCUGAGAUGGAGACAGCAGCUUAAGUGCGCACGUGUGGCAGAUGACCUGAAGCGUUAGGGGUUUGAACCAUGACCUCACAGUCAGAAGUCCAACCCCUACACCAUGAGGCCAUCCCUUACGGGACUAAUUCUUCUCCAUUGUUGAUCUUUGUAGUAAUUGUUAUAGCUUCAAUAUUCUUUCUACGUUAUCUCUGCAUUUAACUAUGGCCACAUUUUGCGAGCCAUGGUUCGAAUUUAUCCGAAUGGCUCAAUUAAGCGUAACAACAUGCGGUUUGGCAUAGUCCAAAAUGUUAGAGCUUUUACACAUGUCGGGUUAUAGUGUUGUGCGAGCCGAGCUACUCGGAAAGCCGC